AGGGUAUCAAACAAAAAAGCUACCCAAGAGAAAUAAAAUUCAUCACAAUCUUUCAUAAAUGAACAUCAACGAAAACAAUUGGAUGACAAUAUGAAAUUGAGUGUUUCCGCAUACAGAGCUCAUGCAUCGGCCCAUAAAAAAAUAUUGUCGAGCAGCUAUCAGACACACUACGGAAGUACUGCUCCGUCACAGUCGUCAUCACAUACAUCAAGUGGAUUAUUCUCAAUGGAACCAAUUGACCCUCAAAAGUUAAUAUCUUCCACAACCUGUACAAGUCUUUUGGCAUCAUCAACCACAACAACAGCCAUAAAUAGCAAUGAUCCACGAAGCCCAACAGAAACCGUCGUUUCAGCAGCAAUAUCUUCAAUGGGUACAUCGCGUGAAGACGAAGAAGAUUCAAGCAAUCAAAACUCAUCAGAUUGUAAAAGUCCCGGAAACAGAAGCUUUAGUCAAAAAGCUGUAAAAAUUAAAGAAAAGAAGAUUCAAUAA